UAGCGUCAUGAAAAAACUGAUGCGAAAACGAAAGUACGUUCUGAGUCAUAACAAAUGAGUUUUCGUUGUUGACGUUAAUAUGUUGAGUUUUAUUGCAAUGAAAAUUUUAUAUUAAAAUUUCAUUCUCAAUAUACUUUUUAAAAUUUUAAGAUAGUGUAAAAAUCAUUUCUUAAUGCAAUGUUUUUGAAAAUUAUAAUUUAAAAUGUCAAAAUACCUCUUAAUUUUAAAUUAAAAUUUUGGUAAGAAUUUUUCAAAAAUUCCCAAAAGGGACAUUCCUACUCUCCAUUGUAAAUCUGAGCCAAAUUGAUUACAUUGAGACUUUACAGAAGAUUUUCUUAAAAAUUAUUCCUAUUCCACCAAGGAAUUUAUUUUAAACAAUGUCGGCACCUACUGAUUCAAAACUUAUAAUCCCUUUUGUGCCAUCACUUUUUCACUUUUCUGUGGUAAAAGUAGCUUUAAAAUUGUCCAAACAUAUUGAUGCUACAACUUGCUUAAAGCUCUUUAAACAAAUGAGGCGAUCUGAUCCGGAAAUUUUUUAUGAAACUGACUCUAACUCUAAUUCUGAGAUAGAUAAAGCAAAGGAGAAGUUACUUAUAAUUCCUGCACAUUUAAGAGAGAAUGUAGUGCAGGCAAUUCUAGGCUUGGAUGCUGCUGUUAAAGAAUGGCAUUCGGACCAUGAAGGUGCAUUUCGUUCAAAGAAUAUAGAUGAAACCUUUGAAUGGAAAUCUAAUGGGGCAAUUGACAGAAUUAAAACGAUGCAGCAAUUGCUUCUAAAAAAAGAUGUUGAUAUCAAUUUGAGGUUUUAUUUAGCUUGCUGUUACUUUUUGGAAGAAAGUAUAAAGACUUUGUGGGCAGAAAUGGAUGUAAAUGAUAAAAGGUCAAUACCUGGUAAUCCCUGUACACGAUUUUGGGUUAGAAGGAUGCACGAUGGAUGUGUGGUUCAAUGGAUAAAGGACAUUCCAGAAUACCUACACCUUUAUUGGGAAUAUCCCACCUGUUCCUUUGGUGCAUUCUUUCCUUUCUUGCAGCCACAAGAGAGGAUGAAGUUCCUUUACUCUAUAACAUCGAGUACAAAUGAUGAUUUUCUUUCAUGUACGUAUGCAGCAACUAAACAAGAACAAGUGCAUAUGUUAAAUUUGGAGGCUUUCAAAGUCCUUGUUGUCUAUUUGAAUUGGCCGCUGCAAAAUUUCUUUCUACAAAUAGUGGAAAAGAUGUGGACAUUUAUUGAUUAUCCUGUUUUUAAAAAAUUACUAAAUACUAUAAUCUCGUACUCAGUGAAGAAAUACGAUUUUGAUUAUGAACAACUUUUGGUGGACUUGUGGACAAGAAGCCCACAGGACUUCAAAGAAAAGGCAAAAGCAAGCCGAUAUCUCUCUGGCGAAAUUUCUUUCUGUUUCGGUUCAGUAAGGAGGAGGAAAAAAUAUAAAUCUGUCCCUUCAAAUUAAAUUAAAAAAAGAAAAGAAAUUAAUUACAUGCAAACUGGCCAGUAUUGGAUAUGUUGGUAACUGUUUACCUAAUUCUUUUUGCUAAAAGGAGAUGAAGGAUGCACCAUAGAUAUGGGGUUCAAUGGGUAAAGGAUGCUCCUAAAUACCUUGAUCUUUAUGAACGAUAUCCAACACAUACCUUCAGUGCGUUCUUUCCUUUCUUACAGCCAUAAGACAGGAAGAAGUUUCUUUCCUCUAUAACUAAUACUACAUCUAAUGAUUUACUUUUCUGUGUGUACGGAGCAAAUAAAGAAGAUAAAGUGCAAAUAUUAAAGAUGUAGGCUCCCAAACUCUUUCUUCUCUAUUGGAAUUGUCUGCUGCGGAAUUUCUUUCUACAAAUGGUGGAAAAGAUGUGGAAUUUCAUUGAUUAUCCUCUUUUUGAAGAAGUACUGCAUACUGUCUUCUCAUACAAAGUGAGGAAGCAGGAUUUUAGUCAUAAGCAGCUUUUUGUGGAACUUUGGGAAAGAAGCCCAAAUCACUUCAAGACAAAGGCAUGCCGGUGACUCUCCCGCCAAAGUAAUCUGUGUUUUCAUUCAAUAAAGAUAACGAGAAGAAAUCUUUAAUGAAUCUGUCAAUUCCAAUUUAGAUUGAAAAAAGAAAAGAAAUUAAUUAUAUUCUAACAGGCCAGCAAUGGAUAUGGCGGUAACUGUUUAACUAACUCUUUUUGCUACAAUAAUGUAUUUUUUAAAAUGUAAAUAAGAUAAUCUCCUUGUAAAAAAUGCAAUACAAAGUUUUAUAGCAUACAUGAAAAAAUAACUUCAGGCAUUUGUUUGUUAAGUGUUCAAAGUUUUAGAAUUGACUUUUUUUCAUAUUGUGUGAAAAAAAUUUUCCACUAAUUUAAUAUGUCAUUUUUUUAUUCUAUCUUGCUCAAAAUUGCAGUAAUAGAAAUUCCUUUGAUAAAUACAUUCUUAUCUUAAAUAAGUAUGAAUGCAUUAUGUUUUAAAUGUCAUGAUGAUAGUUUAUAGCAAUAUUGCUUUGAAACUUGACUACAUAUAAUAUUGACAUGAAUCAUAUUUGCAAACAUUGAAGGUUGUGUUAAGCAUGUCUCUAUUUAUUUCACUGAAAGAAUUCCUUCAUUUUGUGAAAAAUACAAAAGUAAAUUUAGAAAAAUAAAUGUAUAAAAGAUUUAUUUUAAAUAUUAUCAUUUGGUUUGUCCAAGACAAUAUUUGUGGUACUUGGUUUAACAAAUUAAAGAUAUUAAUUAUAGGUUUGAAUACAUAUUUUUGUAUUUUUAUUCUUGAAAUUUAUGAAAAUAAGUCACUCUUCAC